AUGAUGGCCACGAGUAUGGGCCCGAACUUUCAGGGUCAUCCCGCCGGUAUGGGACAUCCAGGCGUUUCUGGUCAUCCCAUGGCUCCGGGCAUGAGUGCCAACGGUGGACAGCCAGGUACGCCUGGCGGUGGCAUGCCUCAUCAGUUUGCAGGCAAUCCUAUGGCCGCUGGAAACCCCGCUGGUAUGAACCCAGCCAUGAUGGCGGCCAUGCAACAUGGUGGAAAUCAUAAUCUUCAAGCCGCUUUUCAGCAUAUGAGCCCUGCUCAGCAGCAGGCGUUGCAGCAGCAACAACUGCAAAACCAAUUUGCCAACCCAGGUGCUGUAGCUCAAAUGCGUCAACAGCAAGUUUAUGUACAGCAGCAACGGCAGGCUUUGAUGGCUCAGCAGGCUAUGGCUCAGAAUGGCGGCAUGGCACCCAACAACAUGGGUGGCAAUGGCAUGGCCGCCAAUGGCAUGCCCAUGAAUAUACAGCUGACCCAGCAACAAAUGCAGCAGCUGCGACAGGGCGGUCGAAUCAACCCUAUGCAACAUCCUCAAGCCCAGCACGCCGCUCUUAUGGCACAACAAAUAGCGCUUCACCAGCAGCACGCCGCGCAAAACCAGAUGCAACAGGGCGGGCCUAAUGCCCAGCAUAUGCAGAUGAACGCGCAAGCGCUGCAACAUCUGCAACAGCAGCAGCAGGCCCAGCAGCAGGCCCAGCAACAGGCUCAACAGGCCCAACAGGCCCAGCAGCAAGGUGGUCAACAAGGCCAACAACAGGGCCAGCCAGGGCAACAGAACCAGCAAGGUCAGCAACCAGGCCAACCGGGUCAACAGCCCCAAGGCCAGGGCCAACCUGGUCAGCAACAAGCACAAGCUCAGGCUCAGGCUCAGGCCCAGGCACAGGCCCAGGCACAGCAGCAGGCUCAGCAUCAAGCACAGCAGCAGGCCCAGCAGCAGGCCCAGCAGCAGGCACAACAGCAGGCCCAGCAGCAGGCGGCUGGUCAAGCUCAGCAGCGGCAGCAAACGCCUGCCCAGGGCUCGCAGGCCGGUACUCCUGCCCCGACUGGUCAGCACACGCCGCAGCAGACGCCUGCACCGGGACCCAGCGUCGCGCAAACGCCACAAGCUCAACCUCCGCAAACCCAGGGUCAACCGCAGCAGCAAGUUCAACAACAGCAACCGGGUCACCAGCCUCAGCAACAGCCGCAACCUCAGCAACACCCCAUGCUGACGCAUCAGAUGAACGCUGCCGCCCAGCAGCUAGCCAUGAACAAUUCUAUGAUGCAGCAGCAACGUCGAGAGCACAUCAAGGCUCAAUGCCUGAUGAGGCUGUCCCAGCUGAGCGAGCACUUAGGCGGCUAUCCGGGGUCUCGAAGCAGAGACGACUUGACUUACUGGAACGAUCUGGUUGCACGUUUCUUUUCAAGAUCUGCUACUUUCCGCCACACUCUUCACGCUAGCGCCGAAGGUGAAGACACUGGUCCCCGUCAAUACGACAUCACCUUCCCGGCUAUUGCCCGAUACUUCCAUACCCACUUUGGCAGCGGCGUCAAAUCCAUGCAGCUUACACUGGGACAAGGAACUAUCGACAGGCCUGUAUCUACCGACGCGUACCUGAUCGAGAACCCCAAAGCCAGCUUUAUCUAUUGGUUUGAGACUGGAUCGCAUCUGGUAUCGAGCGGCAGUCUGCGAGUCUUGUUCGAUAGCGAGCAACGGAUGGAGCUGUUUGAGUUCGUGGCUACUAGCCACGAGGAGUUUGUCGCUCGCAAGCAGGUUAUUGAUGCUGCCAAGCCGGCCCAUGUCUGGAUGAAGGAGUGGCACAGGGUCAACUCGACCGAUGCUAAGCAGUCGCCGGAAAUGUCUAAAAAGGGCAAGGGCAAGCAGCUUAAGUCGCCGCAGUCUCAGCCCCCGGAUGUUCUCAACGAUCUGCCAGAUUCCGCCGUCAAUAGACAGGGUGUCACAGAAGCGGUCUAUCAGUUCCUGGAGAUAGUAGAAGUCAUGGGUCAGAUGAAUCCGCUGUUCAAUUUCACCCACAACAACCCCGGCCUCGGUCCUUACGCUGCUCUCGACCAGUACGUGUCGACCUUUAUCAACGCAGGUCCGGGACAGAUGCCACAUAUGAAUGGCCAAGGACCCCAGGGUGCCCCGAGAACCCCCAGCUUCAGCCAGUUUCCCAUGGGAGCUAGCCCGGCCGCGGCCAACAUGAACCUUCCCGGCUCACCCCACAUUGGCAGCCCAGCUCCCGGUCAGAUCCAGGCGCCGGGCAUGCAGCUCCAGCAAAGUCAGCAAGGAACCAGCUCCAGUGGACCGAGUGCCAACACCUCGCCGGCCUCGAAUAAGCGCCGACGGCCGUCAGCUGUUAAGAUCGAAGAUGACGGCUCUGGUGGGGGAACGCCGGGGUCGCAGAUCAACGGCGUUGGCAACAGAAAUAAGCCAGCCACUCCACGCAUGCCAAAACGCGUCAAAACAAACCCGUCCUGA